UUCGUGUGCCGAUUCCAGAGGAAUCGAUUCCCGAGCAGCCAUGGCGGGCAUGAGGGACACUACGACCGAUCGCUCGCUCCGCUCCGUGUUCGUUGGUAACAUCCCCUAUGAGGCGACGGAGGAGCAACUCAGAGACAUCUUCUCUGAGGUGGGGCCGGUGGUGAGCUUCAGGCUGGUGUACGACAGGGAGACGGGCAAGCCCAAGGGCUACGGCUUCUGCGAGUACCAGGACCAGGAGACGGCACUGAGCGCCAUGAGGAACCUCAACGGGCGCGAGUUCAGCGGCCGCUCCCUCCGCGUCGACAACGCGGCCAGCGAGAAGAACAAGGAGGAGCUCAAGAGUCUGGGCCACACAGGGCCCGUGUUGGAGUCUCCGUUUGGCGACGCCGUGGCCCCUGAGGAGGCUCCCCACGCCGUGACGCAGGCAGUGGCCUCGCUGCCUCCUGAGCAGCUCUACUGCCUCGUCAAGCAGAUGAAGGCGUGCGUGGUGACGUGCCCGCAGGAGGGCCGCACGCUGCUUCUGCAGAAUCCGCAGCUGGCCUACGCCCUGCUGCACGCACUCGUCGCACUGCAAGCCCUGGACCGCGAUGCCGCGUCGAGAAUGCUGCACCGCCAGAGCUCCAUCGUCCCGCUGGGGCACAUGCAGGAUGAGAUGCACAUGAACGGUCCUCCGCAGCAGCUGCUGCACGCAGCGGGGCCCGGAGCCAUGGGGCCAGAGGGCCUGUCUCCUCAGUCCAGUCCCAUGUCUGAUGGACCACGGAUGGCCAUGCACAUGUCUGGUCCUGGAGGAGGCAUGGGGGGAGGUGGACCCAUGGGAGGAGGAGGUGGACCCAUGGGAGGAGGAGGCGGUCCCAUGGGAGGAGGAGGCGGACCCAUGGUAGGAGGAGGCGGACCCAUGGGAGGAGGUGGCGGACCCAUGGGAGGAGGAGGCGGACCCAUGGGAGGAGGAGGCGGACCCAUGGGAGGAGGGGGGGGAGGCGGCGUGGGGAGGGCUGGGGGGCUCCUGGGGGACGGCCCCCUGGAGAGGAGACCUGGAAGUCACAUGGGCACGCCCCCCGAUGGCGAUCCCAGGGGGUACCCCGGGCCGCCCAUGGACCCCCGCUCCGUCUCGGCCGAGCUCAGAGACCCUCGAGGAAUGGGACCCUCUGCGGAUGACAUGCGAGGGUUUAAUCAGCGAGGAGGAGGGAUGCCUGAACCGCUGCCAGAGUCACGAGGUGGCAUGUUUCAGCCUCAAAUGGGGAGGGAGAUGCGCCCUGGAGAGCCGCGGAUGAUGGAGCCGCAGCGAGGCGGCAUGGGAGGCAUGCACAUGUCGGGAGCCGGGGGGCUGCCGCUGGGAGGGAUGAGCCCUGGGCAGACCACGGUAACGGCACAGGACCAGGAGAAGGCUGCCCUCAUCAUGCAGGUUCUGCAGUUGACGCCAGAGCAGAUUGCACUCCUCCCACCAGAGCAGAGGCAGAGUAUCAUGAUCCUCAAAGAGCAGAUCCAGAGGACCACGGGGGCCAUGUGACUCCUCCUCACACGGCGAGGGGGUGAGAGGGGACGCCGCUGUCGGACAAGGGAGACCGCUAUGCAGGGAAUCUCGUCGCACACAACGGCGCGCCCCCCCCCCCCCCCCAUGCAGCAUCACGGAGGCUGUUGGGGCGAGGGCUGGCACCUACGCGGGGCACGAGGGAGGGGUUCGGUGUGGCCAGCACCGCGCCCGGCCACCUUUGUCUCCCCCAGUCGCGAUGUUUACUGCACACCGCACCGGGUACUCGUUUGAGGCCGAGCCGGCCUCGGGAAGGCCCAGUCCAGAUUCUCACCUGUCCACUCGCUCGCCCACCGAGCCGCUCACGGGCACCGUGGAGAGUUGACGUGCAGCUGGUCAUGGUGGCGGCGAUCAUUUGAGGCCGAGUCGACCUAGGGGAGGAUGCCCAGGACCCAGUUCAGCUGUUCCCCCCACCCCCCCCCCCAGUGUCGAUGGCCGUGUGAGAGCAGGAAUCGAACUCAGGUCCACCAGUUUCAUAGCGCGGUGACACACACACA